UGUUGCUUAUAACCGAUAUCACCGUUUUUCUGUGCGACAUGUAUCUAUAAAAUUGUUAUAAACUCUUUGCCGACAACAAGACAAUUGGAAUUGCAGUUUUUAGUACGCGAUAAAGUUGUGUAGUUUACGUAUAAAUUUAUGUGAUGAAUUCAGCAUUGGAUGCACUUGAACUGCAACCUUGAACAUGCAGCAAAAGAAUAUCACGAUAAUUAAAUUCUUUGGCAUUUGACAUUCGUUUUAAGAUUCUUGGUUGAAUUAGUUACUAUUAAUUAACAAUUAUAAGCUACAACGAAUUUGUUUUUUAUUGCUGUAAGAAAAAAUGAUGCAGGAUGAAGACUUGGUUGGUCCAGCAAGACGAAAUGUUGUUAGUCAAGGAAUAAUAAGAAUAUCUCAGAUAUAUCAAAGAUAUCUAGAUUUAUGGACUCCGCAUGUAAUUUCGAGAUGGUUAUUUGCUCUAUUCCUAUUAGCUCUUUUUAUUCUACGUGUAUUUAUCUCGCAAGGAUGGUAUAUCGUUACGUAUGCAUUAGGAAUUUAUCAUCUCAAUUUAUUCAUAGCAUUCCUUACUCCAAAAAUUGAUCCUGCAAUGGAUUUUGAUGAUGGAGAAGGUCCAGAGUUACCUACAAGAUCGAACGAGGAGUUCAGGCCAUUUAUCAGAAGAUUGCCUGAAUUUAAAUUUUGGUAUUCAGUAACAAGGUCUACGGUCGUCGCCAUGAUAUGCACUUUAUUCGAUUGCUUUAAUAUACCAGUAUUUUGGCCGAUACUUGUUAUGUAUUUCAUAACAUUGUUUUGUAUUACAAUGAAGCGACAAAUUAAGCAUAUGAUUAAGUAUAGAUACCUGCCUUUUACUCAUGGCAAACCAAAAUAUCAAAACCACGAAGAUAAUUCGCGGUUGAUAUCGCCAAAAUGAAUAGAAGCAAAGAAUAUACUGUGCUUGUACAGGCACGUAAGCAUAUAGAUUUCAAUUUCUCCCAAUACAACGGGACGAACAUUGAUAAGGAGCGAAAGAAAAACCAAACAAAAAAUUCUUUUUAAAGCUAUUAAAAGGGAAGGACAUUGCCUUGUACGAGAAACGAUUGACUCUGCACAAGGACGUGUAACUCUAAAUUAUACAAUAUACGAUAUUUAAACUGAAUUAUCUUAGUAUAUUUGUAUCAUAAAACUUGUACAAAAUAUUGUUAAUUCUCUCAUUAAAAGGAAGGAUAAAGAAAGACAACAUGGUCACAGUAUCAAUAUCGAGCAGUCACAAUUGUCAAUGUCGAGGAAUGUAAGAAGUUCAUACGUAAUUAAGAAUUUGUUAAUAUUAAAUUUGUUACAAUCA